AAUAGAGACAGGCUCUCACUAUGUUGCCCAGGCUUAUCUCGAACUCCUGGCCUCAAGCCACCCUCCCACCUCGGCGUCCCAAAGUGCUGGGAUUACAGGUGUGAGCCACUGCACCUGGCCUUUAAUUUUUAUUACCUGUCUGUGCAGACAGCUAAUGCGGGCCUUCAUGUCUGGAAGGGGAAACCUACAGAGGUUUUAAGCCACAUCCUGCCUCAUGGGAAAGGCAGCGGGUGGCAGGCACUCGAGGUGCUGAGGACAUUAAGAAAGUGAUUGGGACCAGAUUAAGGCAACAAACGCUGUUUCCAGGAGCUAUUUUGUGUUCAUUAUCUAUUUUUAAGCUACCGUUUGUUGAGCGCUUAUCCUGAGCCAGGCUGAGCCUUUGCUCUCCUGACCUAGUUAGUUCUCAUUCAACCCUGUGACAAGGGACGUGGGGCUCAGAGAACAGGAGGGUCUUCCCUCAGGUCACAUGGCCAGGGCAUGGAGAGGCAGGACUUGAAUCCAGGUCAAUGUGACCCCAGAGCCUGAGUGUGGAAACCCCGUCCUUUGCUUUCUUAUGUCCCUAUAUAGAGAGAGGUGCUAUGGCUCACGCUUAUAAUCUAAAUACUGGGAGGCUGAGGCGGGAGGAUCGCUUGAGCCCACGAGUUCAAGACCAGCCUGUGCAACAUAGUGAGACCUCAUCUCUACAAAAAACUUUUAAAAAAUUACCUAGGUGUGGUGGUGUGUGCUGGUAGUCCCAGCUAUUUAGGAGGCUGAGGCAGGAGGAUGGCUUGAACCCAGGAGGUCGAAGCUGCAGUGAGCUGUGAUUACUCCACCGCACUCUAGCCUGGGCAACAAAGACCCUGUCUCAGAAACAAAAAGAGGUGCUAAGUAUAUGGCCAGUGCUUAGAAAAACAACCUCUUGGAACACUUGAAUGGUCCCUAUUUGUUUGGGGCUCUGCAACCAGUGGCAGUCUGUAUGGAACAGAGAGGAAUAUUUGCCCCCCUUCCCUCCAGUUCCAGGGGCUCAGUACCCGCUCCAUGCCCUUGGUGCCAUAACCACUCUGCCUCCUCACUCAUGCCCCAGCCCUCUCCUCCAGGCCAACUGAUCAGCCUCCUGGCCCCACCUUGGGGGUAUCCAAUGCACUGGGGGCCGGUGGGGUCGGGGGUGAGAGUAGAAAUUAGAGACCGAGAAUUUUCUUCUGGAAACUCAGACAUCUGAUCAUGUCUGGGUGAAGGCACAAGCUCUAAGGGGGCCGACCAGAGCCACCCAUAGUUUCCAAGUCCUGAGCAGUCCUACACCAGGCACUGAGGAAAGGGUAGGUGGGACCUUGCCCUUCGGGAGCUCACAGUCUGAUAAGAGAGGUAUAGCUUUGCCUGUGGAGUAGCCUAAUGGGGGAGGCAGUAUGCAUGAACCCUUGGAAGGAUGCCCCAAGGACCCUGUCUGGAGAUCAGCACUGUUUAGUGGUUGGGGCACAAGCUUUGGAGUUUCACAAGGGCCGAAGUGUGACCCUCAUCUCUGCUGCUUAUUAGCAGGUGACCUUGCAUAAGUGAUUUAUCCUCUCUGAGCCUCCGUUUCCCUAUCUGUAAAAUGGGCAUAACAUGUACUUUGCAGGAUUGUUGUGUGGGUUAAAUGAGAGAUCAUGGGUGAACAGGCCUAGGACAGACAGUACCUGACACAGUACUGUCACACCUGCUCAGUAAACAGUGGCGGCAAAUCACUGCAGGCCAGACUUUGGCCAUUAGGACCACAGGUGAGGUACCUAAUCCAGCAGAGGCCAAUCUGGGCAGGUCGCUUGGGGGAGGUGAGGCUGGAGCAAGAUGUUCCCAGAGGCCAGGUCACAGGAUGGGAGGGAGCCUGGGGAAGGAAGUGGGGAGGAGCUGGGGUGUGUGGAAGUCCUGGGGAGGAGCCCAUUUUCUCUCUCCAUCCUUGCACGGGGAGAGAAAGGGACCCCCUUGGAUAGCUCUGAGCUGAGCCAACCCACAGAUGAGCUAUUGUCACGGCUCAGGUGACCUGUAAACAAAUGUCCUGGGGAGGAGGGGACACUCAGUCCACUCGAGGCCUGGCCUCUGCCAAGCUCUGUGGCCUGCUCCCCUGGCAGUGACUCAACAGGCAGAGAGGCCAAGGACUCACCCUCAAGGGCUUCCCUCUGCGGAGCCUCCAGAGCCAGCUCCAGCCCUGGGGACAGGAACAGAGGAGUGGCUGACCAAGAUGUGUCCCAUUGUCCAGAGAGAGACACUGAGGGGAGAGGGGUGGAGCGGCUGCUGCUUACGGACUGCUUGCUGUGACCUGUUCACAAGUGCCCACAAGAACUGCCCCAUGCCCCAGGGUGCGGACCCCUUGAACCCAGAUCUACCCUCGGGCCGCACUCCCACCGUGGCUCCAGACCGUGUCAUUGGCAAGGACAAACAGAUGGAUUUCUGUUGGGAUCCUUGGCAGAGGUGCUUCCAGACCACCAACGGCUACCUGUCCGACUCCAGGUCCCGCCCUGGCAACUACAACGUGGCAGCCCUGGCCACCUCGUCCCUUGUGGGGGUGGUGCAGAGCAUCAAGGACCACAUCACAAAGCCCACGGCCAUGGCCCGAGGCCGCGUGGCCCACCUCAUCGAGUGGAAGGGCUGGAGUGCCCAGCGGGCAGGCUGGGAGCUGUCCCCAGCUGAGGACGAGCAUUACUGCUGCCUCCCGGAUGAGCUGCGUGAGGCCCGCUUUGCUGCAGGGGUCGCCGAGCAGUUUGCCAUCACAGAGGCCACACUGAGCGCUUGGUCCUCACUGGACGAAGAGGAGCUGCACCCCGAGAACAGCCCCCAGGGCAUCGUCCAGCUCCAAGAUCUGGAGAGCAUCUAUCUUCAGGACAGCCUUCCCAGUGGCCCCUCACAGGAUGACAGCCUUCAGGCCUUCUCCUCGCCCAGCCCCUGCCCUGACAGCUGUCCCUCACCUGAGGAGCCCCCCAGCACCACUGGCAUCCCGCAGCCCCCCAGCCCAGAGCUGCAGCAUCGGCGGCGGCUGCCCGGGGCCCAAGGACCCGAGGGUGGGACCCACCUGCCGGGCUCCCUCCCCUCCAUGGACAGCGGCUCCCUCUGGGAGGAGGACGAGGUGUUCUAUAACUGAGGCGGGGGCUGUGCUGGUCCAGCACCUGCUCUCACCAUGACCUCGCCUGGUGGGCAGCCCAGGCAUAUCUGGACCCCGGGGUCCAGGGCAGGGCAUCCCUUGACCCCUCGGGUAGGCACAGGGUAGGUGCGGCAGGGAUGGGGCCAGCGCUCAUGGUGGCCUCUCUGUGCCUCGGUGGACCUGCCCCAGCAGUGGGAGCCAUAACCCCCUCCCCCUUCAUUACUUCACUCAGGUGGGCACCUUCCCCUGCAGGGUGUCUGCCCUCAGGGAACUCAAGGACUCUCAGAGACACCAGGGCAGCCUGGCCCAGGGGAGCAACAGCCAGGCCCCCAGGAGGACAGCCAUGGAGAGAACUGAGACCCACUUACAGUGGGGUCUGGGAACCCUGCCUGUACCUGGGGUUCAGUCCCUCCUCACUCUCUCUGUGUGUCUGCCCACCAGCAAAGGUGGGGUGACCACUUCUGGUAGCUAAGCACCUGCUCCCCGGCUCUCCUCACCCAGGACAUCUGUCUCUCUGGAGUGUCUGUCUGUCUGUCCCUCCCUCUCUGAACCUGCUUCCUCCGUGUCCCCUGCUCCUCGCCCCUGGGAGCCCACUCCCCCUCCUUGCGGCUCCCUCCCAUCUCACUCAAGGUUCUCUGAGGACAUUAAAGUGGUGGAUUCACCCUGGA